AUGUCGGAAACUACACCUCUUCUGUCUGACCCAGAGAGAGCUCAGAAUCGUCGCUUGAGUAGAUUGAUACAACAAGAUGACGAUGCGAGGUCGAUUGUAAAGAGCCAUGUUAGUGUCGAGGAACAAGCUAUGGCGGGUAGUACCAUAGGUGAAAGAUUGGCCUAUAAUGAUUACACCACCAUAGAUUGGUUACAUGAUCUUGUCAAAGAUUCCCACCGUCUCCGCAACAUCCACGGAAACAAGAGUUUGAGAGGACAAGCCAUUGCAAUCUUCGAUGCCUCGAGUGGUUGGAUAGCAGCAGCACUCAUCGGCGCCUUGACAGCUUGUGUAGCCUAUCUAGUCGACAUUGCUGCCGCUACAGUAAGCGACUGGAAACUAGGUCAUUGCAGCACAAACCCCUUUGCAACACGGGAAUCCUGCUGUUCUUCUGCUACAUCUUCUUCUGAACCUGUUACCGAGUGUGCGGCAUUCAGAGAGUGGGGAGAUGAUUACGGGAUGAGGUUCGGGGUGUAUGUAGGGCUGGCAUUGGUGUUUGGAGUUAUUAGUGGGGGAAUUACGAUGGUGACGAUGAGUGAAUUGCCUUCUGCUGGUGUGAGGGAAGCGGAGGGAAAAGAUGAUGGUGAAGAGCAGGAGAUGGUGCCGGCGGGUAAGGUCAUGUAUAUGGCUGCUGGGUCAGGGAUCCCUGAGAUCAAGACCAUCUUGGGAGGGUUUGUAAUACCCGACUUUCUGUCGCUGAAGGUCCUGGUGGUGAAAGCUAUUGGAGCCGUCUUUGCCGUCUCUACAGGCAUGUGUUUGGGUAAAGAAGGUCCAUUCGUUCACAUAUCGACUUGCGUGGGCUAUCUCAUCGCCUCUCUCUUUCCAAAAUACCGCGAUAAUGGUCGCAAGAUGAGGGAGAUGUUGAGUGCGGCUUGCGCUGCUGGACUGUCUGUCGCGUUUGGUGCACCUAUUGGUGGUGUUCUAUUCAGCUAUGAGGAGAUCAGCACUUACUUUCCGAGAAAGGUAUUGUGGAGAGCUUUCUUGUGUAGCGCUGUUGCUGCUAUGGUGUUGAAGGAACUCAACCCUACUGGAACUGGCAAGUUGGUCUUGUUCGAGACAAACUAUGGCACGAGCUAUAGUGCCAUUCACUAUCUCGUCUUUGUCGUGCUUGGCAUAGCUGGAGGCAUCUUCGGCGGCGUCUUUUGCAAGUUGAACUUCCUCUGGAGUAAGACAUUCCGCAAAUACGCCAUCAUCAAAAACUACCCAGUAUUUGAAAUCUUCCUGAUCGUCUUGGCUACUGCACUUCUACAAUAUCCCAACCCCCUGAUUCGCGAGCCAGGCGAUAUGAUCAUCAAGACUCUGCUCGUCGACUGCAAGACUGAAGACUCUGUAGGAUCAUGGGUGUGUCAGAAUGAGGCUCGCACGGAUGGACAUUGGGCCUAUGUGGGCUGGCUGGCCUACGGCACACUGGCCAAACUCGUGCUUACGAUCAUCACGUUCGGCAUCAAAGUCCCCUCUGGAGUAAUCAUUCCCGCUCUGGAUGCUGGAGCCCUAUUCGGUCGUCUACUAGGCCAGUAUGUGAGUGGCAUAUCUCCCGGCAUCUUUGCCAUGGUAGGAGCAGCAGCGUUCCUGGCAGGAGUCUCAAGAAUGACAAUCUCCCUCUGUGUCAUCAUGUUCGAGUUGACCGGCGAACUUGAAUAUGUGAUUCCACAUAUGAUUGCCAUUUUGGUUGCCAAAUGGGUGGCAGAUGCUCUGGGCAAAGAAGGAGUUUACGAUUUGGCUCAGAAUGUCCUGGGUCAUCCCUUCUUGGAUCUCGAUCAUAGUCUUGGGAACAUCCAGAUGCAGGACGUUCUGGUCGAAGAACUUGUUCCUCCAGAGCACACAAUGGAGCAAAUCACCAUCCAUAUUCCUACAAGCAACAAAGUCAGGCGAGAGGUACUCGAAGAAAAGCUAGUCCAGCUCGAGAGCAGAGGUCUCAUGGAUGCCGGACUCGUUCUUGUACAAAAUGGCCAGAUGCUACAAGGUUACCUAGCCGAAGGUGAACUCAACUUUGGACUCAGAGAGUUAGGGAAGUUGUAUUCCAAGGAUGCGGAAGUGAGGCUUCUGGGAGAUGCAGAAGAAGGAGACUUUGACCUCUCGAGUUUUGUGGAUCGUACACCUAUGGUUGUCUGCGCCAAGGCACCGAUGGAAUAUGCAGUCGAGAUGUUUGGGAAGCUGGGACUGAGGCAUUUGAUGGUGACUGAAGAAGGUACAGGGAGAUUGGUAGGCGUUAUCAUCAAGAAGAGAUUGGUGGCGUAUUUGGACGGACUAAAGCAUUAA